GACCUCGGUCGGAGCCCGACAGGGGGCUGCGGGUGAGAGCCCAGGUGUCGCCGAGGGCAGGGGCCUUCGAGCCUCGGGCAGGAUGGGCCGGGCCGAGUCGGCGCGAGAGGAGGAAUGCGGGAGCUGGAGGGGCUGCCGGACUCCUGCCCCUGGGAAGCAGAAGGCUGCCGGGGGAAAGGAAGGCUGGCUGGGCUUCAGAUCCUAGGGCCGAGGGCUAGGGGGCUGGGGGGCCCGACGUCUGCGUUGGGACCACCGCGACACCUGGAUCCGGCAGGCAGAGUGGAGUAUCUUGUCCCCACAGAUGCUUCAGGCACCAUGAGCUCCCCAGAUGGCCCAAGCUUCCCAUCGGGGCUGCUCUCAGGGGCCACCUCCCCCAGCGGCAACGAGGGCUUCUUCCCCUUUGAGCUGGAGCGGCGUGGCUUAUUCCUGGGAGGGGGCCCCGAGCCCGAGGAACCUGAGGACCUGGCCCUGCAGCUACAGCGGAAGGAGAAGGACCUGGUGCUGGCCGCCGAACUCGGCAAGAUGCUCCUAGAGCGGAAUGAGGAGCUGCGGCAGCAGCUGGAGAUGCUGAGUGCCCAACACUCGGAGCGUGAGGAACGGCUGCAGCAGGAGAAUCAUGAGCUCCGCUGGGGCCUGGCAGCCCGGGGAGCUGAGUGGGAGGCCAGGGCUGUGGAGCUGGAGGGGGACGUGGAAGCCCUGCGGGCUCAGCUCGGGGAGCAGCUCUCAGAGCAGCAGGACAGCGGGCGUGAGAGGGCACGGGCCCUAGGGGAGCUCAGUGAGCAGAACCUCCGGCUCAGCCAGCAGCUGGCCCAGGCCUCCCAGACAGAGCAGAAGCUUCAGAGGGAACUGGAUGCCCUUCGAGGGCAGUACCAAGCACAGGCCCUAGCUGGGGCAGAGCUGAGGACGCGGCUAGAGAGUCUGCAGGGAGAGAACAAGAUGCUGCAGAGUCGCAGGCAGGACCUAGAGGCCCAGAUUCGGGGCCUGCGUGAGGAGGCGGAGAAGGGCCAGGGCUGGCUGCAGGUCACCCGUGAGGAGUUGCUGGUGCUGCGGCGAGAGCAGCGGGAGCACAGCCUGGAGCUGGAACAUGCGCGCUUCGAGGCAAGAGAGGCUCUGGGCGCACUGCAGAGGCUGCAGCGGCGGGUCUUGGAGCUAGAGGAGGAAUCCCGCUUCCAGAAUGCCGACGUGUCGGCCGCCUCCCUACAGUCCGAGCUUGCCCGCACCCUCGACAGCGACCAUGACCAGGACACAGACGGACGCGGAGACGCCCUGACUACCCUGUCCGUGGAGCCCCAAGAGCCUUCCAGCCCACAGGCUUUGCCCCAGGAGAGCUUGGAGCCCCCCAAGAAGCGAACAACUCUGAGCCCCUCGGAGAUGCUGGAGAAGAAGGAGGCGGAAGUGGCCAGGCUGGAGGAUGAGAUCGCCCUGCAGCGGGAGGAGAUGCAGUCCCUGCGGGAGGAGCUGCAGAGGCAGAAGGAGUUGCGGGAGGAGGAGGACCCCGAAGAGGCCCUGAGCAGCGCUCUCUCUGAUCGGGACGAGGCCGUGAACAAGGCCCUGGAGCUGUCCCUAGAGCUCAGCCGCAUCUCCCUAGAGCGGGACUCCCUGUCCCGGGAGCUGCUGCGUGCCAUACGCCAGAAGGUGGCGCUAACACAGGAGCUGGAAGCCUGGCAGGACGACAUGCAGGUGGUGAUCGGACAGCAGUUGCGCUCACAGCGCCAGAAAGAGCUGAGUUCCGCCAAGUCUCCGCACCGCGCCUCACCCCGCUUCUCGCUGCGCCUGGGCCCCGGGCCCGCAGGCGGGUUCCUCAGCAACCUCUUCCGAAGGACCUGA